AUGGAGUCCUCCUGCCGACUGGAAGAUGACGCGCCCUCUGCUUCAUCUCGAGGAUCGUCGGAUGCGGCGUCGGAUGCCUCCCAGGCCUCUACAGAAAUGGUGAGGCUCCUAAAUUUCCUGCGCGUGGAGAUCGAGAGCCGCGAACGCGCGGGUGUGUUGGACAGUAAAUGGGUCAACACACCAGCACCCAAACGUAAACACGGAGGGAACCCUCCAUCGGCGCUCGUGCUCCACAGCACCGGCAAGGUGAGCUCCGGUUGCUUCUUCUGCGGAUCAAAAGGCCAUAAUGCAGAUACUUGCACGGGAGACCUUACAUUGGAGGAGAAGAAAAGGAAACUUGGAUCAUCGAAAAGAUGCUUCCGGUGUACAAAGCAGGGGCACAUGUUUAAGAACUGUCGGAAUGGGGGAAGAUGCGCAAAAUGUGGUGGAAGGCAUUGUGUAUCGCUAUGUGAUCCAUCCUGGAAACCGAAGUUACCGCAGGAUGCCGCCCAGCAGAUGACCACCACCAACUUGUUCUCCGCGAGUGCCUCUCCGACUUUACCGCACACGGAGGUGCUACUUCAAACUUUCCGCGCUUGGGCUGUUACGGAUCUCAACUGUGCAUACGUGCGAGGCAUAAUUGAUGGCGGUAGCCAACGAACGUUCGUCCGUGAGGACCUCGUGGACAAGCUGGGAUUACCAGUAAUUGGAACAACCAAUAUAUGCCUCAAUACCUUCGCAACUUCGUGCGCAGACCAUCGGAGCAGAAGCUUGAGGGUUGUUCAGUUGCGUCUAAGGAGCCAGUACAAGACCACAGAACACAUCCUCGAGGCAAUCGCCAUACCGUUCAUCUGCGGAGACGUGGUGCAAACGCCCAUCGACGACUCUUUCGUAAGGAGCUUGCGUCAACAAGGUAUGGAGAUUGCGGAUCGUCUCCUUUUCCCAUCUAUCGCUGGCGUCGAGGGAAUCAGCCUGCUUGUUGGUGCUGACCAGAUGUGGAAGCUUUUGUGCGGGGACGUCAGUCGCUGUGAGAGCCAUCCAGACCUCGUUGCCAUCUCCACCGUGCUCGGAUGGACAUUUCAGGGACAGCCCUGUACCAGAAGCGCCUUUACCGACGCCGCUAAUGUGAUGGUAUGUGUGCUGCGAGCAGGGAUACAAAACGAUGACCAUCACACCUCCCUACGCCAGCUAUGGGAACUGGACAGUAUCGGAAUAACAGAUGAUCCAAAAUCUAACAAACUACAAAACGAAGAGGUCCACAGAGAAUUCGAAAAAAGCGUCGUUAAAAUUGACGGCCACUAUGGGGUCUCUCUCCCUUGGAAGGCAAUGCCAAACACUUUGGACGAUAACUAUGGCGUAGCCGAGAAGAGAUUGCACAGGUUAGUCAACCGGCUGACCUCAGAUGGCUGCCCCAGCGAAUAUGACGAAGCUAUCAGGGGGUACAUGAGACAAGGUCAUGCUGAAAAGGCUCCGGACGCCACUGAAACCCACGGGCGUGUGUACUACAUGCCACAUCGAGCGGUUAUAAAGCCUGACUCAUCAUCAACCCGGCUCCGAGUGGUCUUCGACGCGUCCUCGCAUGCCAGUAAAUCAAGUUCCCUCAACAACCAUCUGGAGAAGGGUCCCAAGAUCAACUCCGACCUAGUUCCAGUGUUGCUCCGGUUCAGGAUGAACGCAAUUGCCCUGACAGCCGAUAUCGAGAAGGCCUUCCUUCAGAUCGCCAUUAACGAAGCAGAUCGCAACGCUCUGCGAUUCCUGUGGUUUGCUGACGUGCCGACAGUCAACCAUCCGUUGCCGGCGGUAGAGGAAUGGCGCAUGACACGGGUGCCAUUCAGGACAACAUCUAGCCCAUUUCUUCUAGGAGCCACCUUACAAUACCAUCUCAGGAAUGCGCGGGAUGACCAAGCGCACGUCGCGGCGAUUUUGGAGCGCUCGUUCUACGUAGACGACCUUCUCGCGGGCGCCUCUACAGUGGAGGAGGCAAAGACAAUAAAGGACACAGCUCAAGCCUUGAUGGCGGAAGCCGGCAUGAACCUAACGAAAUGGAGUUCGAAUUCGACGGAGCUACAGCAGUAUAUCAACGGCCCGAGCUCCACUGCGGCUCCAUCAAUAACGGAACCCGAGAAGCAUAUAAAAGCGGGAGAAGUUUCCAAAGUACUUGGAAUAGUUUGGGACCACAAGAACGACUGCUUCAGGUUCUCGGGUGAACACUUACUGGAGGUCCUCACCAUCCUACGGAAUACGAAACGUUCCGUACUUCAGAUGUCGGCACGGGUAUUCGACCCUCUUUGA